AUGAAUACAGAAGUUGGAAUAGAAAAAUGGACACCAUUAUAUCGCGCAGUUAUGUAUGAUUGUAAUCAAGAAAUAAUUGAAUUAUUUCUUAAUCAUGGCGAAGAUGCUCAAUGUGAAGAUAAAUCAACAAAUACAAGAGCUUUACAAAUGGUUAUUAUUCGAGAUAAUUUAUUAACAACACCACAGUUAUUAGUUGAACAUGGAGCUGAUAGAAUAACAUUAAGCAAAGAAUAG